CCGUUCCCUCUUCCAGACGCAAACAACAGUUCGGUCCGGUUUUGUUGUUACGCGUAUUCCGGCACGCACGAAUCGGAAUUUCCAGUGGUACUUGAAAAAGUUCGAAGUUCUGUUUGUGGUUUUGCUUUUGAUUACGUAAAUACUUGUUCGGUACAGGAGUGAAAGAGAGAAAAAAACGUAACUCGCUAAUGGAAAUUAUUGAUUUCGGUAAUGCAUCGGUUUGUACCAAAAUAGAAAAUAAAAAAUAAAAUAAAAUUGGAUGAUGAACUGAUCAUGUACUGGUUGUAGUGCGAAUUAAUUAUGGAUUAGUGGACGAAUUUUGUGUGUAUUAAUGAUGAGGUGGGUUUUUGUGUAUUCUGUGCUGAUGGUGUUCGGUGCGGUGUGGACGAAGAACCAUCAUAAGCAUCGAAAUAAACUGCAGCUGCAUGAGCUUCUUGAGGUGGAUAAUUAUAGAGAGGAUGGGGAUUCUCAGGAGACGCAGCAUCACAGGUUGAGGCAUCAUCAUGGUGAAACUAGUUUGGAGAUACCUUGGCCUGUGAAGAAGGAAGCGAUAGUUGAAGGAGAUUUGAUAUUAGGAGGUUUGAUGAUGGUCCAUGAGCGUGAGGAUUCUGUAACUUGUGGACCGGUGAUGCCUCAAGGCGGGAUACAAGCUUUGGAAGCUAUGCUCUACACGUUGGAUAGGUUGAAUGAUGGUGUGACCAUUCAUCGAUUCUUACCCAAUAUCACGCUCGGAGCGCACAUCCUUGAUGAUUGCGACAAGGACACUUAUGGAUUAGAGAUGGCCGUGGAUUUUAUUAAAG